UCUUCCUCCUCCUCCUCCCACAAUGUCUCCAGCUCCAGUCUCCCCCGCCCUCACUCCUCCUCCGCCCUGUAGUACUGAUAAUACUGAACCAGACAAGCGGGACAGUAGACCAGGUAGCAUGGUAUCUGAGGGACGUCCUGCUUCCUCCGUAUUCGAUCAGAGAACCUCUGUGUGUACUACUAGCUCUGGAGCUAGUUCUCACUCUAACCCUAGCAGCGGCAAUAAUGGUUUCCCGACCCCCAGGUCCAUGUACACCAUGUCUACCACCCCUCACUCAACCAUAAGCAAGAGCAGCGGAGUCAGCAGCUACCUAACUUCUUCUUCCUCUGAGUUGUACGACAGUAAAAUGAGUCUCAACAGCACAACUACUGAUUUCAGAGAGAACGACUUCAAGACUGAUCCUAUGAAUGUUCCUAUCCGUGUCCCUGACAACGAACCGUUCUUUAAUGACCCCGAACCGAGCCCAACUACACCUAUUACUCCCGGCCCAAAGUCAGCUAAAAUACAGCGCAGACUUACUAUGAUACUUAAGGAGAAGGAGGAUCUGACUGAGGAGGAGAAAGCAGCUAUCUUGAAGAAGGAGAAAUUAAAAAUAGCGCUAGAAAAACUGAAGAUCGCCAGCAACCUGAAGAUAGCAAUGAAAGUAUUCAACGUUAACAACAGCUCCAAGACUAUCUGGGUGGAACAGAAGCAGACUGCUUGGGAGGUGUGUCAGGUUCUGGCGGAGAAGAACUAUUACAAACCUGGAUCUGACUGGACUCUAGUGGAACACAUCACUGAUCUGGAAAUAGAACGAGAGUUAGAGGAUCACGAGAUAGUGUACGAUGUGUUGAAUAGUUGGAGCCGAGACUCUACUAACAAGAUGUACUUCCGAAACAACGUCAGAAAAUACGAGUUAUUCAGAAGACCUCAACUCUUCCUAAAGCCUGUAGACACGUACGCUAAUGUAGUGGACCUGAAUAGGGAGUGUAGACAGGUUCUUAUUGAUGAUUUCUUCUCCAAUACAGCUAACACAAGGAUACCCAGCAUAGGUCUGAAAGGUGUCCAUUGGCUGAAGUCAGGAAAGAAGAGUUGGAGGAAAAUGAACUUCGUGAUAAGGGACAGUGGUAUCUACUACGCUGGAAAAGCUAAGAAUAAGUCGCAAUCCCUGCCUUGGACAUGCUUCUCAAGGACAGAAGAGAACGACAUGUUCUUGCCGAACAACAAUAAAGAGUUCAAGAAACAGCACAAAGCUCCCACAGAAUACUGCUUCCUGAUACGAACCAAGACCAACACCCGAGAACAACACCGCUCUACCAGGUGUAUCUGUGUUGAAAACGAGCUGCAGUUCCGACUGUGGACAAACGCGCUGCGUCGUCUCGAAUACGGUGAGAAACUACUCAACAACUUUAACACAUCUCGAGCGUUCCUGGAGAAGCUGAACAAGGAGCAGGGAGACGAUAUUCAGAGGGCCUGUUUGAGUCCAACUCUACAUUCUAGCUUCCAAUUCGGACUCGGUGGUGACGACAGAGCAUCCAUCGUCCUGCCAGACAUUGAUGACAACGCUGGUGACAUCUUCGCUGCUCGGUUCGGAGCUGCAUGGAACAACGGAGAGAACGUGACGAUCAAGGAGGCUCCCAGCUUGUUCGAUAUUAACUUAGAGACAGAUACACAGGGAAUGACCAUGGUUAGGCUUCACAAGUAAUGAAAGAUAGGGUCCAGAACUCCUUGUUUUAGAGUUGCCUUUUAUACGGAGAAGUUUGUAUUUCCACAUGAUAUAAUUAGUAGUAAUUAGAGGUAUAUACUACUAAUUAUACUACUAUCAUUCUGGGGAAAGAGAUUGCGUCAAAGAUCAUAGAAAAAACGAUCCUCAAGCAAUGCUGUUAUCAUGACGAAGAAUAAAGACGAGAUUGCACUUGUGAAAUUAUGGAUUUGAAGAAUUGAAUGAAGAAUGAAGUUAGCAAAUUGACUAAAAGUUGACUACAAGUUGACUACAAAUUGACUACAGGUUGACUACAAGUGACGUCACAUCAUUGGACACCGCAAGCAACUGAUUUUCGACCUCAUUUAUUUUAGUGCUAGAGUCGUCUUGAGAAGUGUCUCAGAAGUAUUUUACUUUUAGUUUGUUUAUUUUACACCAUUACGUAAUACGUAUGCGCUGGUACCUUAGAUAAUACAACUUUUAAAUUCGUGUUUUUAGAGUUAGUUAAUUCCUAAUCGAUUGAUUUGUCGGUUUGUCAUUAAUUACACAAUGAAUUGAUUGUGACUUAUCGUUAAAGACACAUUCAUUAUUAUCUUCUGACAUAUUAGAUAAGAAAUGUUAAAGCUAGAUUUUAUUUGACUAUUAUCAAUUAUACUUGAUUUUCUAAAUUUGUGCGCGAAUUGAUAAGCAAUACUAAGGAAUCAAAAAACAGUUAACUUUUGUUUAAUAAGUUUGUUUGUUUUGACUAUCUAAAAUUUGUUACGAUGAUACACGUGCUAUGUUCAAGAAAAUUUGAAGGUAUUUCUUAUAAUUAAUAAAUUAAUGCAAGGAAAUGGUAACACUCAUUACUAUUAGUGCUGGACGUGAAUGUUUGUUAUUGAAACAAAUAUUUAUAGAGUGAAAAGUUAAUUUUUGUUAUUGAAACAAACAUUUAUAAAGGAGUGAAAAGUAAUGAAUACAGUCCCUGCAAACAGCUAUUUCUUUUUGAAAACUUUUUUAUUUUAUUGAUUAUUCUGUGUAUGAUAUGUUAAUUUGCGAAUAUCUUAUUUUCACCCAUUUUUACAAAUACGAAACAUAAA